UGUGACAAGUGUUUAUAAAAGUGUAAAUACUAAAAUCUUAUAAAUAAUGAAGGAUUUACGAGCUGGUGAACGAACUUUUAUCGAAGGAAUAGAACGAAUUUACGUGCUUCCUUGACGGAUCUGGCAACCCAGGGGCUCGGAUUAGAAGCAUUCCAUCUGUCAGGGAAGUCGGUCGGGACUUAAAAAAAACAGGAUAAAAGUAGGAAAACAUGAAGUAAAAACUGAAUAACUUGAAUUAAAGAAGAGCCUGUGUGCCGGCUGAAGACUCUACUGGUGGAUUAAAAUGUCUAUUUUUAUAUAAAAAGCUCUAAAAGACUCUAAAAGUCUCUGUCUGGGGCAGGUGUGGAGCAGCAUGGCGGGGCUGUGGAGGUGUCUGGGGCUGAAGCUGGAGCUGCUGAGGGAAGAAGCUCGUCAGUAUCCAGUCUCCUGCUUCCUGCUGGUCUCCAUGCUGCUGCUAACUCUGCUGCUCAACAGGUAUAUCCACAUCCUGAUGGUCUUCUGGUCGUUCCUGGCCGGCGUCUCCACCUUCUACUGCUCCCUCGGCCCGGAGACCCUCCUCCCAAACAUCCUCUUCACCGUGAAGCCCAGGAGCAAACGGCAGGAGCAGGAGCUGUUUCCUCUGGGUCACAGCUGUGCAGUAUGUGGGAAGGUGAAGUGUAACCGCCACCGGCCGACGCUGCUGCUUGAAAACUACCAGCCGUGGUUGGACCUGAAGGUUCAUUCUAAGGUGGACGCUUCCAUCGCAGAGGUGUUUGAGUUGGUUCUGGAGAACUUUGUGUAUCCCUGGUACAGGGACAUUACAGAUGACGAGGCGUGUCUGGAUGAAGUCAGGAUGACCUUUCGUUUCUUUGCGUCAGUGCUCGUCCGCCGGGCUCAGAAGGUUGAUGUUCCUGCCGUGUUUGCAGACAAAGUGAUGAAAGCUGCAAUGAAACAUCUGGAAAUUAUUGCAAAAGCUCAAGACAAAGUGAAGAACGUGGAGGGUUUACAACAAGCCGCUCUGGAUGAAUACGGCGCCGACCUCCACAUCGCUCUGCACAGCCGCAGAGACGAGCUGCUCUACCUGAGGAAGAUGACGGAGAUGCUGUUCCCCUUCGUCAUGCCGCCCAAAGCUACAGACUGCAGGUCUCUGGCUCUGCUGCUGCGGGAGGUGAUGGCUGGAUCCGUCAUGUUACCCACCAUGGACUUCAUGGCCGACCCCGACACUGUGAACCUCAUGGUGCUCAUAUUUGUUGAUGACACUCCACCUGAAGAAGCCACCGAGCCUCCGUCUGCUCUGGUUCCAUUUCUACAGAAAUAUGCUGACGUCAGCAACAAAAAGCCGUCUGUGCUGAAGCUGGAGCUGAAGGAGAUCCGGGAGCAGCAGGAUCUUCUCUUCCGCUUCAUGAACUUCCUGAAGCAGGAAGGAGCCGUCCACGUGCUGCAGUUCUGCCUCGCCGUGGAGGAGUUCAACGAUAAGAUCCUGAGUCCGGAGCUGAGCGACUCUGAGCUGCAGCGUCUGCACGGCGAGGUGCUGCACAUCUACCAGACCUACUGUCUGGACGAGAGCAUCGACAAGAUCAGCUUCGACCGCUUCAUCGUGGACGAGAUCCGCAACAUCGCUACAGGUCCGUACGGCGGCGUGGUGAAGCUGCAGACGAUGCGCUGCCUGUUCGAGGCGUACGAACACGUCCUGUCUCUGCUGGAGAGAGUCUUCACACCCAUGUUCUGCCACAGCGACGAGUACUUCAGAUAUCUGCUGAGAGGAGCAGAGUCCCCGACUAGGAACUCCAGAAUCAACAGAAAUAGUUUCAGUCUGGAGGAAAGCAGGAACCUGUCGAAGCGAGGCGAGACGUUCGGGAUCAGCCGGAUCGGCAGCAGGAUCAAAGGUGUGUUCAAGAGCUCCACCAUGGAGGGCGCCAUGCUGCCGCCUAGCAACGCCAACGACCUCGACGACGACCAGGUGGAGGAGGCCACGGUGGUGAUGGAGGACGACUCCCCAGCAGAACCCUGCUCCGCCCCGGGUUCCCUGAGGAACCUCUCAGCCUGGACCAUCUCCAUCCCCUACAUAGACAUCUACGACGACGACGCCAAGAGGGACAAGAUCCCCGUCUUCUGCAUCGACGUGGAGCGCAACGACAGGAAGGGAGCCGUGGGUCAUGAGACAGAGAAGUGGUCGGUCUACAGGAGAUAUCUGGAGUUCUACGUCCUGGAGUCUAAACUCACUGAGUUUCAUGGAACAUUUGCUGACGCUCAGCUUCCCUCCAAAAGAAUCAUUGGACCAAAGAACUAUGAGUUCCUGGCGUCCAAGAGGGAAGAGUUUGAGGAAUAUUUACAGAGGCUGCUGCAGCACCCAGAGCUCAGUAACAGUCAGCUGCUGGCUGACUUCCUGUCUCCUCACAGCGUCGAGUCUCAGUUCCUGGACAGGAUGCUGCCAGACGUCAACCUGGGAAAGAUCUUCAAGUCCGUCCCGGGAAAACUGAUCAAAGAGAAAGGACAGAACCUGGACCCGUUCCUCCAGUCCUUCUUCAACUCCUGCGAGUCUCCCAAACCCAAACCCAGCCGGCCAGAACUCACCAUCCUCAGCCCGUCUGCUCACAACAACAAGAAGCUGUUCAACAACUUGUUCCAGAACAACGCCAACGUGUCGGAGAGUUCUGAGAGGAAACGUAAUGAAAACUGUUUCCUGGAGAUGAUUUCUGUCGACGGCAUGUACGACUACAUGAUGUACGUCGGUCGGGUGGUGUUCCACUCCUCCGCCUGGCUGCAUCACUGUCUGUCAGCAGGUCGGAUCCUCUUCAAGAACUCCUUCGAGGCGUUCAUGGAUCAGUUCAUGCAGUCGAAGCUGGAGACGCUGCUGCAGGAGCACCACAUGGUCUCCCUCAUCACGCAGCUCAGAGACGCCGUGUUCUGUGAGAGCAGCGAGGAGAGAACCAGCGAGGACAAACAGCUCCGAGCCAAGCAGACGUUUGACGAGAUGAUGAAAUAUUUACCAGACUUGGUGGUGAAGCUCAUCGGUCCGGAGGCCAAAUACGACGGGAUCCGCCUGCUGUUUGACGGCUUCCAGCAGCCGCUGCUCAACAAACAGAUGACGUACGUCCUGCUGGACAUCGCCGUGCAGGAGCUGUUCCCUGAACUCAGCAAGGGAGUGAAGGACGCGACCGUCAUGUGAAGCAGAAACAGAAACAGAAACUGGAUCCACGUCCUGAUGAUGAUGAUGAUGAUGAUGAUGAUGAUGAUGAUGAUGAUGAUGAUGAUGAAGUGCAAUAAUCAACGGUUUCCCAACACCUCUGGGAUCAUCUUUACAUUCCAAUGUAUAUAAAAGCACCAAUAAAAGAUCUAUAUUUAUUGACGUCACUGC